AUCUCGCAUGCGCCAGGAUCCCCAAACACCCCUGGCUAAAGUAAAGGUCGAUGGAGUGAGUUGAGUUCAUCUCAAAGCCUCGAGCCACUCGGGUCACCAGGCCCACCCUUCCAUAUCCGUUCAAAUCAUUGUGAUAAAGCUCAAUAAAUCCCGGAAAUAUGGCUGACAUCAAGGAGCACGUCAAGCCCGAGCAGGAGGACGACGAGAACUACGCCAUCAGGAACAAUGCGGAUCCUAAGAAUAUGCAGGAGUUGACACAAUUCGUCCAGACGUUGCUGCAGGGCAUGCAGGACAAGUUCCAGGCCAUGUCUGAUCAGAUCAUUGGGAGAAUAGACGAAAUGGGCAAUCGAAUAGACGACCUGGAGAAGAACAUCGCCGACCUGAUGACCCAGGCUGGAGUAGAGGGUACAGACAAGUGAAUCCAUUCCAUCCAACAGAGCACUAAUGAAUUCAACGGUUUCCACUGAGCCAUAAUUAACGAUAUCAUUUGUUAUCACUGAGGUUUAUCAAUAAAUUAUACAUUUUUUUGAGAAUAA